AUGUUUCAUUCACAGCCAGGGUUAACGCAAAAUGAAUCCAUGGAAAUUUUAGCACUAUAUCAGCCUGUAGAGGUUAUCCAACGCUUAAGUUCUGAAAAUGUAGUCAAACAAGCUGUUGAAAUAUACCAAAAUCUACCAAUUGCAGUUGCUAUUAUGGCUGGACUGAAAUUAAAGACUGUCAACGAGUGGAAAAACCUUGUAGACAAGUUACAAAUUGAUGAAGAAGAUGAGAAUGAAGAAUGUGAUCUCCGUCCACUCAUUCAAUUCAGUUUAAGUCAGAUGGAAGAAAAAGAUUGUCAAUUAAUUCGAUUGCUUGGUGUUUAUAACCCCAUUCCCAUUCCUAUUCAAUCAAUCUACUGUCUAUGGAGACAAAAUCAAGAAGAUACGAUCCAAUUACUGAAGCGUCUGGAUGAAAAGUCUCUGCUUCUGUAUCAAGACGAUGAUGGAUGCAUCUACUUCCAAAAUGCAGUGAUCGACUAUCUCCAAUAUCCUAUCGAUGAAGAACAAUCUCAAGAUUCGUAUAUCAAGCGAUUAAAUCAAACAUUAGUAGAGCGCUAUUUACAAUGUUAUCAAGGCGAUUGGAAUGCUUUCAAGGAAGAUUCUUACUUUUUUGAUCACAUAGUAGACCAUGCCAUCAAGGGAGAUUGUUCAGCUAGUUUGGAAACUAUGAUGGCAGACUGGAGCUGGAUUGUAUCGAAAUGGAACCUAUCCAGUACACAGCAAGGACUUAUUACGGAUUUAAAAAGCUACAAGAACUAUUUAUCACCCGUUGAUGAGAAAAAGAAAGAAAUUAAGAAAAUUUAUAGCAUCAUGAAAGAAUUUGGUUCCUAUUUGAGCUUUAAAAAGAUCGAUUUGAUUCAGUUUCUCCUGUUGUGUAGCAGUCGUUAUAGCCUCUAUCGCAAUAAGGCCUUGAAAUUAGCUGAAGAAAAAGCGCAGAUAGAUCAUUUGCCCUAUGCCUACAUUGCAAAGUAUCCAAAAUGGAAACGAUGGGGUACGGGGUAUACGCAAACGUUCAUGGAUUUUUCCCGCAAGAUCACUACGUGUAGUAGCGAUAUUGCUGAUCGAUGCUCGACACCUUAUGAACGUGGAGGGGUUUUAGUUCCUGCCACCAUGAACAAUAAAACUGAAGAAUGCGAAGUUGUGCUAACGGUGGUUAAGGAAGAUGAUGAAACAGAUGAGGAAUUCAAUAUCAGCAGUAGAGUUGAAGUUAGCAAUCAAUGGGUUACACAAAUUCGAAUUGGGCCUAAAGGACAUCGAGAUGAGACGAUUUGUUUUGCCUUUGCCAUAUCCGAGUGGAAGGCAGAUAUCGGGCAAUACUCUGACACUUGGAAAGUCUUCUAUGGUUAUGGCAGAAGGGAAUACGAAUUUGAAGACGAGGACGGGAAUCAUAAUCCGUCCAAAACUUUAGCUAACCUUGAAUUUCCAGCAAAGUGGGAUCUUGACGAGAAAUGGUACAUUUUAACGCUGGCUAGCGAUAGGAAAAGUAUUACAAUGCCUAUCAUGAAUGAGAAUGUAUUUAGAAGGACAGAGAAAUCAAUUACGUCUGAUAAUGAAAUCCAAGCAUGCAAAUACUUGGCAAAUGAUACCAAAAUUAUGUUCUGGUAUCAUUAUGGAAAGCCAUCAGAAGAUCUUGCUGCGACCAGCGCUAUAGAGGUAUGGCAGGUUGAUCCAUUUGGACACCAAUAUACGUGUCGUGUUCAACAAAAUAUUCAAUAUGCAGACAUGAUAUCAUUCGAUGGAGCACAAAGUGCCAAUCAACUUAGACUCUUUCGUGUCGAAUGUGUUAUAAGAUUGCGUAUCUAUACCAUUUUAUGGUAUAAAGGCAUUUCUACCAAUACUUCUGCUAUCGGAUUCUUGUCCAGCGCAUUGAAAGAUAAUCGAGAAGAUUUUGUUCCUUCCUUUAAUCAUCGAUUCAAGCCCUUGUAUUCUCAUGAAGAGGGUAUUAUUGAUUUGGCAAUAUCUGAUGUAGAGUCUUACUUAGCGAUUCUCAAUAUGCAAUUCGAAAUUCUGAUCUUUAAUCCUAGCCAACUCGGAACCAAGCCUUAUAAAAAGCUUUUUAGUGCCAUGGGAACCAUAAAACUAUUUUUCUGCCCGACGACGGUUGAUUUGUAUACUUAUAGUAAUGAUAGCCGAGAAGCCUACAAAUAUAUAGUCGUAGAAAAUAAUGAUGACACCUUUACGAAUAAAGAAAGUACCAUUCCUUGGCGACCUGCAAAACGUCGAAAAUUAACGAAAGGAGAGAAUGAAGAUGAAUAUUACUCUGACAGCGGUAAAGAUGGGGAUGGAAAUGAUGGAAGUGAUGAAGAUGAAGACGAUGAUAUGGCAAGUCAAGGGUAUGAUGCAAAUGAUGAAGACGAUAUUGAAAAUCGGAGUGAUGAAGAUCCAAAUUUUCCAGGCGCAGUUAGUGGUAAGAAUAGCAAUAGGGCGAUAGGAUACAUUCGUGCAAUACUAACGGUGAUAAUCAUGAAAUGGUAUCUAAAAAUAGUCACUUCAAUAUAUAUACGCAAAUAUUCAGCUUCAAACAAACCUUUUACAUUUGAAAGUUAUAAUUUCGAAGGUAACCAUGAUGAUCAAUCUUCAAAUUAUGAUGAAUGCGACGAUGAAAUGAUGGAUGAUGAUGACUGUGAUGAAAGAAGUAGUUUGGCGGAAGAAAGUGCAGAUGAAAUAAAUAAUAGGAAAUCGAAUAAAGAGGAAAUAGUCUAUUCUUCUUCUUGUUGUUACAUCAAUAACAUUCCUUAUGUUGCAAAAUUGCUCGAGAUGAAAAAGUGGCGAUUAAAAUUACAGAUUUAUCAAGGCGAGGAAUUAGAAGAAUUAUCCAGUCAAGAUUUCGAUGACCAUAAAGCUAUUAGUCAAUUCUGGUGCUUUCUCUACGAUGAUUUAAAUUCGGUUAUUUUAAUAAAGCAGUGCCGAUCCUAUGAAGCGAGUGCGUUGUAUAAAGAUCGUUGGAAUCGUCACAAUCAUAUUUCUAUUCGCCAGUUUAAUAAUCUGCAGAGUAUCGAUAAAUGUUCUUGGUUGGUAGAUGAGCUACUAGUAGAAGGAGCAACGAUAGAAGUUUUAAGCUCAAGAUACAGAAGGGCGGAUAGUAAAUAUCUAUUUAUUAUAGAUAUUCAGCAUUCUGAUGGCACUAAUCAGACUGCGGUUAUGGGUAUUCAGCGCGAUAAUGGAAAACUGGAAAUGUAUUACGACCCUAAUCGAAUCCAUCGUAAAACACAAAUUCUGCAUUUCGACGAUUCUAUCUUAGCCUUACAACAAGAAUCUUUCGAUCGUCGACGGAAUCUUAUUAGGGCAACUUUAUAUAAAGCUUUAAGAAUUGAUUCCUGUAAUCUCUUCAAAUUAGAAGAUAAUAUUAUGGAGACCAAACUAUUUCAGUCACAACAGUACUACAAAGAUGCUAAUGGAUUUGCUUGUAAAAUCAAUAUUGGAGAGACGGAAGCAAAUAUUGUAACGUCUAGUUGGAAAAAGGAAAAUAUGAUUAAGAAUUUUGGUCACUACACUACAGACUUAUUUAUGAAUUACGCUAGUGAUUUGGAUGGCUGCUAUUUCAUACAGAAAGGAGAAGACGUGAUAAUGAUCGGUGCAGACGGUAAACUCAACGUCAAAGGAUAUCAAAAUGCCAUUAGACAUUUUAAUCUUACUACCAAUUUAUGUUGGAAUAGUAGUACUGAAUCUCGAUUUUUCAUGGUAGUGGAAAAAUUGACUUGCAAGAUACAAUUGUACGAUAAAAAUACGAUGCAGUUAGUUCGAACUUUCCAAUCUCCAUUACUAUUUGGACAACUAGAGAAGAUUUAUGUAAAUCGCCAGCAGUCUUAUGUCAUAUGUCGAUAUGAUUCUCAUUUAUUUUACAUUAUUAAAUUAAUCAAAUAA